CUACAAUACACAGCUAUGGACCACGACGUCACAUCUUUGGAGUGCCUGAAAUUGGAUUCCCAGUCGGAGGUGCUCGAUAAGGACGGCGGCGGAAAGGACCUUUUCUCGCCAGUUAUGGUCCCCUCCAACUACAAUACGCCAAUAAUCGAUAGCAAAGUUGAAGAACCAAAGACUACAAUAUUGGAUGAAGACCUUGAGACUUAUUUUUCUCUGCACUGGGGCCCUCCUAGUCCUAGAGGUAGCAAAGAUGAAGAACCAAAGACUGAAGAACUAAUGGAUGAAGAACCAAAGACUGAAGAACUAAUGGAUGAAGAACCAAAGACUGAAGAACUAACGGCUGAAGAUCCAACGACUGAAGAACUAAUGGCCGAAAUUGGUGAAUGUAAGUAUUGUUUAAAGGUAGGUAAACACUAUACACCACUAUGCCCUUACAGAUAUCAUCUCCCAAAGAAUGCAACUCUUGGCUGUGGUUGCGAGGUAAUUUGUAAGAUUUGCGGAUGCCUCUUUAGAGGCUCCUGUUGUGCCAGUUGUGGUCAAAGCGAAGGACAAGCAAUUCUCAAGGAUUGUUCAAUAUGUGGGAAGCAAGGUGAACAUUGGCCUUCUACUUGCCCGAGCCACGAGGGGAGACACAUUCCUUCUCCUUUUACUUGCGAUGAUUAUACUGGUUAUUUUUUUGUCAACAUUUGUCCUACAAAAUAGUAGAGAAUGGAGAGUUAAUGUUACC